CCUACCCAUCUGUUUCCCCAUGUGGUGAAAAAUUGGUGGUGUGGAGAGACUGUGCAUGGGGGCAGGAUGAUGAGAACGAAGCCACGUGGAACUGGUGCCGAACAGUGAUAUAUUUGAGUUGUCAUCUGAAAGGCCGCAGCAAGAAGUCCCCAGAACUAUUGUAGGCUCUGGGUGUGGAACUUCCGGGGAAUUAGUCAUUUGGUAAAUUUCUCAAGUCAGAGAUGCUGAACAACAGACAGCUUGGGCAGCUCAAGGGAAAGUGAGGGUCCCAGUGCUGCAGAGCAGAAAGCUACUGCCAUUUAUAAACGUGAAACCCCUCUUCAAGGCCUAAGUGGAGAUCACGAUCAUUGGGUGCCCAGGGUCAUUAGAGACCAAGCCAGAAGCGCCCCCUGCAGGAACAUUCCCGGCCUGCCCAUUGGCUUCACUGAAGGAGGAGGGUGGGCCUUGAGUUAUUUUGGCUCUUGAUUGGCCAGCUUCGAAGAUUGAUGGCUCCCAGCAGGCUGAGCGAGGGGGCAGACCGACAUGGCGGAAGCGGGAAAGGUGGCCACGAGCCUCGGAGUUCUGCGAAGAGAAGCGACUGAAUGGCCUUUACAGCGCUAUGGCCGUUUCAUGCUGUCCGGGACUGGAGAGCUGACUGGAUCUGGUGCUGAAGCUGGGGCAGCGCCUUCCCCUACAUGGAAGGUAUUUUAUUCUAAUGAAGAAUCUGGAUAUCUGGUUCUCACUAUAGUUAUAUCAGGCCACUUCUUCAUUUCCCAAGGGCAGACACUACUGGAAGGGUUUUCACUCAUCGGUAGCAAGAACUGGUUGAAGAUUGUAAGACGCGUGGACUGUCUGUUGUUUGGAACAACAAUAAAGAACAAGAGUCGCAUGUUCCGUGUACAGUUCGCCGGGGAGUCCAAGGAGCAGGCCCUGGAGAACUGCUGCAGCUGCGCGCAGAGCCUGGCCCACUAUGUAACCGUCGAGGUGCCAGACAGUAUCACCCGGCCAAGUCCUGGCCUGCUGUGGGCAGCUGACUGCCAAGGGAAGGAAAAUGCACAGAGUGUCGCGUUGCAGCCUGGGCUCUCCCAGGACCCAGACCAGGGGACACGUAUGGCGGCUGGUGGUGGAAAUCCAGAGGAAAGGACCUCUGUAGUGCAGUUAGCACAGUCUCUUCUGGCAUCAGAGGAGCUGCCCUUUGCCUAUGAACAAUCUGCAUGGAGUGUGGAAGAAUUAGGCCCCUUCCUACGUCUGUGCCUCAUGGACCAAAACUUCCCUGCAUUUGUGGAAAAGGUAGAAAAUGAACUUAAAAAGCUGACACAGGGAUGAGAAAUUAAGGCUUGGACAUAUAAAAAGAAAGGAACUUUCAAGUGUUGAAAGAGUGUUAUUCCAAACAACUUUUAUCAAUGUUUUAUUGUUAAAAACAGGUGAAUCCACUUUUUAUACAACAUUGCACUUCAACAAUUACACAAAACGCAAAGACAUGCAUCUAUAGUUACAUACUGCAUGAGAACCCGGUCAGGUUAUAAAAUCUACCACCAACCAUUAAAUCAAUGUGAAAAAAAGUACAGUGCCAAACCAAAAGUAUAACUACUUGCAUAGAAUCCCACCAUGCUAUAACAUGUCAAGGUCAUUGAAAACAAAAGGUAAAUUAUAAAAGUUUGCCUUGACUGAAUGUACAAGAGUAAGGUUCAACACAUCAGUGCAAAAGGAUUUAAGAAUUUACAGAUUAAACCAAAGAAAAAAUAGUUAUUAAAAAGCAAUCAUACAUAUAUACUGCAAUUCAUUA